GAAUGCCGAGCUGAAACGCCCAUUAAGCCGCGAGAAUUGGUCCGAUGCUUGGAGUGUGGCCACCGUGUUCUCUACAAAAAACGAUCAAAUCGAAGUAAGCACAUCGUCUUCGAGGCUCGGUAGCCGUUUGGAUACCAAAUUCUACUCAACUUGUGUAAAUAAAUUCAAAUAA